GAGAGAAGCAUGGAGUAUUUCAUGGUGCCAGCUCAGAAGGUGCCCUCCUUGCAACAUUUCAGGAAAACCGAGAAAGAAGUCAUAGGGGGCUUGUGCAGCUUAGCAAACAUUCCCCUCACGCCAGAGACGGCGCGGGACCAGGAGCGGCGUAUUCGGCGGGAAAUCGCCAACAGUAACGAGCGCCGGCGCAUGCAGAGCAUCAACGCUGGCUUCCAGUCUCUGAAAACACUCAUCCCGCAUAGUGACGGAGAAAAGCUAAGCAAGGCUGCCAUCUUACAGCAGACGGCCGAAUACAUCUUUUCUCUGGAGCAGGAAAAGACGAGGCUGCUGCAACAAAACACCCAACUCAAACGCUACAUACAGGAGUUCAGCGGCUCGUCCCCGAAGAGGAGGCGCGCAGAGGAGAAGGAUGAAGGGAUUGGAUCUCCAGACAUCCUGGAGGAGGAGAAGGUGGAGGACCUUCGGCGAGAGAUGAUCGAACUCCGACAACAGCUGGAUAAAGAGCGCUCCGUUCGCAUGAUGCUGGAAGAACAGAUCCGCUCGUUGGAUGCACACUUGUACCCAGAGCAGCUAAAGGUGAUCGCUCAGCAGGUCCAGGAGCAGCACGUGCAGACGCAAACCCUGCUUCGUCUUCAACAGCAGCAACAAGAACAGCUGGAAAAAGAGACCAACACACCUGCUCGCAGCCCGCUGGUGUUUUCUCCUGCCACGCCGCCUGCGCCCACUCAUCACGCCACAGUAAUUGUUCCCGCCCCUGCGCCGCCGCCCCCUCCCCAUCAUGUGACUGUGGUGACCAUGGGCCCCACCUCAGUGAUAAACACAGCAUCCACAUCACGACAGAACUUGGACACCAUUGUGCAGGCCAUCCAGCACAUUGAAGGCACGCAGGACAGGAUGGUUGUACCCGAGGAGGAAAAGCGCCGGGCGGUCAUCGUCACCUCGGGUCGUGUCCUCACCGACACCGGUGACUCCGACACCGCCUCUGACAACGAAGGAUCUGAGGACUGUUAACUGCCCCGGACACCCCCACCACCAAUUCGCACCACCACAUGUAACGGGGGGACGCAGAAAAUGGGGGAGGGGGUCUGUGGCUAAGGGCCUCCCGCAGAAAUACUCUUUCUUUCUCUCUCCUCUUCCUGUCGCUGUCUUCUUCAUACUUGCAUACGGGACUCACAGACUCAAUGACUUGAAGGUUUCUGGGGGUUGGGUUGGGAGGGGAAACAAAACAAAAACAAGAAAAAAAAAUUAAUGUUACAGGAAAUGUGCCGGUAACCCAACGAGCACGCUUAUGUAUACUCACACAGUACACUAUAACCCCAUAGCACUCUGGUAACAUGUUGAUACAUUCAUAUUAUACAGCUCUUACUCCUACUCCGUCGAACUGUCUUCUGUUUUCACAACGCACACUCCCAGGUAAGCGAUUUUGUGAGGGAAUCACAAAAUCUCCGUCAGAAUCUGCCACAGGUCUUCCAAGCCUCUGCUUCAUUAUUUCCUUUUCUACAUCCUGCCCAUAAGAGGGCAGUAGAGUGUUCUGAUUGGAGGGAACUCAUUACGGCAUCUCAAAAUGAACACUUUGCCCCACCACCCUCUGGUUGUGUCAUAUUACUCUAUCCAUUCUGGGGAGGCUUGAAGCAUCACUGUGAGCCAAUGAGACUUCAGAAACCUGUUGCACACCAUGGCUUCCGAAACUUUAGAGGAAAUGUUACCUUUUUUUGUUUUUUGUUUUUGUUUUGGUGCAGACGCGCUCCUAGAUUUCCAUUUGCUGGUGGGCACCUUUGAUUGUCGUGUUGUCAAUGGAGGGACAAAGACCGCCACUGCUUAGAGGGUCUUCGAGCACUUUGUAAAUAACGCAAAGUUAUUACACAAAGAGGGGGGGGACUUUGUGCACUUAAUGUCGCUCACCUUUACUGGGCUGGGUUCCCAGUAUGCUUGUUGGUGUUGGGUGAAGCACUCCCUCCGUCGCAUCAAACACCCCCCCGGUCCAGUCCUCACAGAUCUGAUUUCGAAAUUCUGGCCGAGUUUUUGUCCUUUAUGUGUCAAAUGGAAUAAGCUAACCGUCAGGUACUUGUACCUGCGAGUAAAUUUAUGUGUUGCUAUUAGCACACUCGCUAAUGUAAAUGUAAAGGUCUUGUUUUUUUUGAGAAAGUGUUAAAAUAGCACUAUCAGGGUUGUCGUGGCCCGAUUUCAGUCUAUGCAGCUCUUCUGGUUCUCGUCCCCCUUUGAGAGCAAUUUUGUGACCCCUUUGGUCUUCUCCCGGAAGUAUUGUCCUGUCCAUCUUCAUGUCUGAUGCUCCGUAACAAUGUUUACGGCGACACCGAAGAGUUACUAGCCCAUAAUCAUGUAG